UUGCAUGAAAGUCACCGGCAACUACAUAACGUAACCGCAGUGUGUAGCAGCUGGGCGUAUAUUUCAUUUUCCGACAUAGCUGAACACAAACGUGUGUUUAAAAACAUGCUUACUGUAACUUAUAAAGCAGCUCAGUAUCCAUUACAGCGGUAGUAGUUUGUUACGGUGCCAAAGCUAACGGCAGGUUUGUCUUAUAACCGUUAACUUCAAACGUUUAGCUUAUCGAACGCUGCCUCAAAAUACAGGCAGCUGUACAAGCUUUUACAUCAUCCUCGUUAUUUUAAACUGUGUAUAAAAUGGCAAGGAGCCUCGUAAGGAUAUUCAGGGUCUGUCAGAGCCUUGGCUCACUCCCAGCCAUUAAGUCUCAAUUCGCCCAUCCGGUUACCUGCGUGUCAUUCAGGACCAGUUUCAUACGGACCAUGGCGGCGCUGCCAUGGCCCUUUUCCUCCACGCCCCGGGAUUACAGCCUGCCUAACUCUUCAUGGAGCUCAGAAAUGAUGCAGUUGUAUGAGCACUACAACAGCCAGUGUGAGGUGGAAACAGAAGGUGGAGAGAAACAGAGAGGGCCAUGGAGGAGACUGCCAAGCUACAAUCGAUCCCUUAAGUAUGCUACAGGUGGAGUAUAUCUCAGUAAGAUCAUCCAGUCAAAGGCCCGUCUUUUUACCCGGAACAUCAAAACUGCAGGGGCAGCAUUUGAGUAUGUUAUGUUUGUUAACAAAGUGGAGCAGAGGUCUGUGUGCAUUUUCCAGGCUGGACACCUACUGGAAGGGCCACCAGGACAUGUCCACGGGGGGGCGAUAGCCACUAUGCUUGACUCUGUCACUGGGACUCAUGCUACUUACCUCUCUGGACCUGUUAUGACUGCCAACCUCAACAUCAAUUACCGCAGCCCCAUCCCACUGGGAAGUACAGUGUUGCUCGAAUCCUCCCUGGAUAAGAAGGAAGGCAGAAAAACAUUUAUUUCAUGUAAAGUGACCAGCACCGACGGCUCCAAACUGCACACAGAAGCAACAGCACUGUUCCUGUCAGUCAAUGUCAGCCACCUACUGGGAGUGUAACAAUAACACACCAGCACACCACCUACCCAGACACUGGGUGUCAGCAAAAUGAGGCCAUAACCAAUGUGUGUGUGUGAGUAUGUGUGAGUGUGUCAUUGGUUUGGAGUAGUUUUUUGUUAGUGUGGGUACAUAAGAGAUUAACUUCUCUAAAUAUAACAUAGCUGUUUUUUUGGGGGGGUUUUUUUGUUUUUUUUUAUUAAACCUUAAUAUUUAUGCAUCAGCUGGCCAAAAUGUUAUUACUAACAAACUGUACAGUUUCAUGAAGUACCUUUUACUUAACUACCUCUGCUUAGUAACUCAUCAACAGUACAUAUCUAAACAUUAUUUAUCAAACUAUGGGUUAUUUAUUGUAACUUUGCCAAUAUUUAUGGAGAUUAUUGCUCAAAAUGUACUGUACAUGAAUAUUUGGUUUCCUACAAUAAAGCCUUACCUAAGGGUAUUCUAAAUUAAACAAA